GGCCUCCGAAAAGUAUUUUCUUGUUUAUCAAGACAAAUUUAAGCCACAAAGAGAAAAAAGGAACAAAUGACAAAAGUACUGUUUGUUUUGGUGUGACAAAUUGAAAACCAUCGUUAUUAUCAUUAAAAUGGCAACAGCAGAACCGUCAUGCGAUAUUUGCCUGAACCUGCAUGUGACAAAAUCUGCCAGCGUGUGGUGUUCCGAAUGUGAAGAAGCGAUAUGUCAAGACUGUGAACAAAGACAUCGCAUACAGAAAGCGACUAAAAAUCACAAGACAAUACCAACAGAAGAUUAUCAAGAAUUACCAAUAUCUAUUACCAACAUCAAGCUGGAAUGUGAAGAUCACAAUCGAAAGUUAGAUUUUUACUGUUCCAUUCACAACGAACCUUGCUGUACGCGUUGUGUUUCUGAAAAACAUAAAGACUGCCGGGAACUUAAACCAUUACCAGAAGUAGCUGACGGGGUAAAGUCAUCCGCUGCAUUAUUUGAUUUACAGGACAGAGUAUCAGAUAUGAGUCAAAUUAUUGACCAGUUAAUACAAGAAAAAUUAGACAAUAAAUCGACUUUACAAAUCCAAAGUACGACAAACAUUGCCGAGGUUGAACGUGUCCGAAAAGCAGUAAACAAACAUUUAGACACAAUACAAGAGGAACUGCUGACUAACCAUGGGGACGACGACAGACAACAAAGAGAUGACAUCGAUUGCCUGGUUGAUAAACUAUCAAAAAUGAAAACAAAUGUUGAUGAAAUAGCAAAUGCUUUUGAUAAAACCAAGCAACAUGCGUCCAAUUUCCAGACUUUUCUUGGAAUUAAUAAAUGGAUCCGAGAAAUUGAAAACCACGAGAUGGAAUUGAGAUCAGCUCAAAACGACCAGAGUAUGGCUAAUGUUGAUAUUCAAAUAAAAAUUAAUCCAUUUUUAAGUAAUAUAGAAAGAGAUGUAUCCGAAUUCGGGAAGUUAGAGAUUAAUUUUUCCCCAUCGACAAAACUUGUUUUACGGAAGGACCAACAAGGCCAACAGAUAUUGAUUCCAUCGUCACCGUCUAUAAGUCAAAUACAACUUUCAACAAUUCGUUCGUUUGACAUACCGAAGGGGGAGUCACAAUGUAUGAUAACAGGUUGUGACAUGUUUGAAGAUGAACGAAUGAUAUUUGUCGAUUCUAGGGACGUAAAUAAAAGAAUUGUUGUUAUGAAUAAUAAAGGUUCUUUUAUCAAAGAAAUAAAAUUUAAGGAUAUACCUUUUGAUGUUACAAUAAUAGACUCAAACACAGCUGCUGUAACAUUGUAUAACAUUAAGAACAUUUCUAUAGUAGACGUUAACGUAUGCAAGACACUGCAGACAAUAACUGUAAAUAAUAAAUGUUACGGAAUACGUUUCAUAGACGGAAAACUAUUCGUUAGUAUGGGGGAUAAAACUAUUAAAAUCUUCAACUUAUCUGGUAAUGUCUUGUCGACAGUAUCAAAACAUAAUGAGGCAACAUACUGUUCUGUAAUGAAUCAAACAAUUUAUUAUGCAGCAGAAGAGGUGGCUAUUAUCUACUGUUGUGAUUUGAAUGGAAGUGCGCAAUGGAAAUUCAGUUGUGAAAAAUUUGAAUAUCCAAAAGGUAUAACUCACGAUUCAUCUGGAAAUGUGUUCGUGGCAUGUAGAGACGUCAACAAGGUCAUUGUUAUUGAAUUUAGUGGGAAGGAGUCCAGAGUUUUGCUAACCUGUGAUGAUGGAAUAAAAAGGCCGCUAGCAAUUCAUUAUAAUCGUAAAUCUGACAUCCUUCUUGUAUGUAAUCGAUCGGGACAAUGUUUCAUGUACAAAAUCAUAAACUAAAACAUUACAUUGCAGAGGCGAAUCUAGGGGAUGCUCCGGGGGUUGAAAUUCCCCCUUUUUGUUUGACAAAUAAUGCAUUUUGUAUGUGGACAUAUGGUUGGAACCCCCCUUUGUAUAUGACUUGCAUGUGUUGGAACCCCCUUUUGAAAAUGGCUGGAUCCGCGCCUGCAUUGCAGUAUAGAACUUGCAUGAAUUUGUUUAAUGAAAGAUGUAUCGCCUGUUGCGAAUUUUAGACAUAACAAUAGUUAACUUGUUGUCUAAACUGAGGACAGCUUUAUUCUAAAUGAUCAACAAACUAUUUGUUUCUGAAGGGAUAUUUGCUUUAAAAAGAGAUAAAGAUA